UUCCUUUUAGAGAAAGAAAUUCCCUUUUGGAUGGUAGUUGUAUGGUGUGUGGCUGGUUUCCUCGCAGUUACUAUGAUCAUAGUGGGUAUUUACUAUAGCUACUUUGUUUGCUGCCAAACUCGGAAGAAGCGUAAAAAUAAAAGACCACAUGCAAAGCACCAAAAUUUGAGACACCCAGUGGAUGUAUAUCCCAGAGCAUUCAUCGAACAACUGCAUGACAGUGAAACCAACUCUAGAGCCAUGUUCUCGCCGUCAUUCGUGGAUAAUAUGAGAAUUCCCCGUGCAAUGGAGGUUAAAAUUAUAGAAUCGGUGAACAGUAUAAACAACACUCAUCCCCUUCCUCAGCUCAACUCACCAUGUCUUUCACCCAAACGCAGUAACAGUAAGGAGCAUUUAAGUCCAGAGAUGUUUUCCCUUCCCAAGGGAAGGAUGCCGCCAUCGAGACAACAGUCUUUUAGAUAUUCGAACAUGACCACUGAAGAGUCCAACGAGAGAAUUUACAGAGAGAAGAUGCUAGUAUCUGAGUUAAGGGAGAAACUUCGUCAUCAAAAUAUGAUUGAUGAGUAAGGAACCAGCGAAUGUUAAACGAGGCGAUGACAAUCGCAGCACGAUUACAAUCCAUGGACGAGAGAAAUUAAAGAGAGAGGCUACUGUAUUUGGGUGGAGGAAGUAGCGAUGUAAUUCAAAAGAGAACACGGAGGAUGACCCGAUGAGCAAUCCAAGAUAAGUAAUGCAAUGAAACAAGAGCGACUUGCGGGAAAGAGAUCAACACCUUGGGUUUAGGUCAAACGAAACCAUCAGUCAAGGACAAAGCUAUGAAUUUCUAAUAUGAGGGUCGUAUGAGAUUUAAGGGAUCGAAAAAACAAACAAUUAUUUAAAAAAUGAAGGAUAAACAUAGGUAACUAUAUCGUAUCGACAUUGAGAGGACUGAUGGGUCAAUAGCCGUCAUUUGCCACCGGCAUGCGAAUGACGUGCGAAACUAGCCUCCGAUGCCGAAAAUCUAGAAACCGGGUAAAGUAUGAACUCCGAAGCUGCCUUAAAGGAAAAGACUUGAUUAUCCUUAUUAGUCAAAGACGUUGUUAAAAACAAGUGAAUGUAACUAUAGUGAGACUCGAAUUACUACCUUCCAAAGUAGGCAAGGACUUAAGCGCUACUAGAGACAGAAACAAAUGCUCGAGAGAAAUGCAGUUCCAUUGUUUUGACGUUUUCUUAGGCUUCGCCACCUGAAAUCUCAAAAUGCCCAGUGUCUUUUAUGAAGCUCCCCAAGGGAGAUGAAAAUAGAGGCUGGUAAGGAGUCUCCUUAUGCCCAACAUAUCAUUAACAAGGAGAUUCUCCUCAAUAAAUACCAUACUUACUAAACACAGUAAACAAAUGUGGUUCAUCACCAACAGCCAAUAAAAACAACCAGAAAUA